CUAAGCGCAGUUUACGUUCACAUAAUGCCACUAAAGUGGGCAUGAAUUCGAAGGUGCGCGUUCACACGCUUCUUGUCCAAUGCGCAGUGGCCUGGACUGCCUGGUGCUGCAGACGCACCUGUCAGAUGCGGUGACCGCCGCGGAUUCAUGCAUCGCCCAACUUGUCACCUACAAAAACUCGCUGUCGGCCGUGCCUAGUUUCGACAACGCGAUGAAGGCCCAGUCCGCCCUGAAUGACUCCCACAGCGGACUGCGACUGAUGUUCAGCUCGACGCUAGCGGUCGUGGACUACGUGGGCGCCGGAGGCAAGUCGUCGCCGACGCAGCCCGGGCAGAGCUGCGAGUACAACGUGGCGCUCGACGUCGACGUCAUCUGCAACGUGACCUCCACGGACGCUUUCCGCACCGACCAACUUAACGGCGUGUGGAAGGCCAAGUACAACGUCGGCACCGUGGCUCACUUCGCCAGCUUCGAGACCAUGUCGACACUGGAGGACAAGAUGGACGCUUACCUCAACUACAGUUCGGGAGGCUGGGCCGUAUUCGACAUCGAGCGAGACGUGAAGGCCAAGUGUUUCCACCCCGACCCCCAGCACAGACUAUGGUCUAUAGCCCUCAAAAUCAAGAAAUUCAACGAGGCCAGGAAGGCCGCGAAGAAAAAAAAGCCAUGACCGUCAAAGCCGUCGUUCGUCGCUUGCCUCCCGA